AUGCCGCAGUUCCCAAACCGAAUCUGCUACUCGGAGAAGUACUACGACAAUGAGUAUGAGUACCGCCAUGUCAUCCUGACCAAGGAGUUGGCUACACGUGUCGUUCAGCUCAGCAACUCUGGAUCUCGCCUUCUGAAGGCGAGAAAUUGA